AUGACAGCCAAAUCACUUUGGGAAUUGCUCCAGAGAUUCCGUAACAAAUGGACGAAGGAAAAGGGAAAAGAUGAAAAUGAAAGGGAAAGAGGAAAGCAAAGGGGAAAGGGGAAAGAGAAGGGAAAAGGGGGAAAGCGAAGGAAAAGGAGAAGCGAAGGGGAAAGGGGAAAACGAAGGGGAAAGGGGAAAACGAAGAGGAAAGACGAAAAAAGCGAAAGGGAAAGGGGAAAACGAAGGGGAAAGAGGAAAAUGAAAGGGAAAAGGGGAAGCGAAAAGGAAAGGGAAAACAAAAAAGCGAAAGAUAGUCGGGUACUGAACUCUCUGCAACGGACAAUGUCAGGUCGAACCCCGAAGCGUUGUAUAUUUAUCGGUGUAUAA